GCGGGUCCGCGAGCGAGGGGAGGCGUGGUGACGUGUGCACGCUCCAGCUGAGGGAACUUGGCGCGAAAGGCUCGUGCCUCCAACUGGACCGAGCCGUCGCGGAGAGAGAGAGAGACGGUCCGAGAGUGCCCCAGAGAGGGAGACAGCCUGAUUGAGAGUGCCCCAGACAGGGAGACAGCCUGACUGAGUGCCCAGAGAGGGAGACAUCCUGACUGAGAGAGUGCCCCAGAGAGGGAGACAGCCUGACUGAGAGAGUGCCCCAGAGAGGGAGACAGCCUGAUUGAGAGAGUGCCCCAGACAGGUAGACAGCCUGACUGAGUGCCCAGAGAGGAAUACAGCCUGACAGAGAGUGCCCCAGAGAGGGAUACAGCCUGAUUAAGAGAGGGGCAACCUGAGACAGCCUGACUGAGUGCCCGAGAGUGGGAGACGGCCUGACUAAGAAAGGGGCACCCUGAAAGACAGCCUGACUGAGGAGAGAGACAGUCCAAGACUGACUGAUAUAGGUACUCUAAGAGACACCCUGAAUGAAGGAGGUACAGCCUGACCGAGAGACUGCCCAAGAGUCUGAGACAGCCUGACUGUGAGGGGGACACCCAGAGCGACAGCAGUGUCAGUCUGAGAGAGAGAGAGCGCGCAGCUUUAGAAUGAGAGCGACAUCUUGAGGAAUAGCAGCAAGAGACGGUGGUCACAGGCCGAGAGACACCCCGAGGAAUAGCAGCAGGAAAGAGACCACUGUCACAGGCUACGAGACACCCUGAGGAAUAGCAGCAGGAGAGAGACAGUGGUCACAGGCUGAGAGACACCCUGAGAAAUAGCAUCAGUAGGGAGACCGUGGUAACAGGCUGAGGGACCCUCUGAGGAAUAGAAUUAGGACAGAAACCGGUCACAGGCUCACAGACACCAUGAGGAAUAGCAACAGGAGAGAGACAGCUGUCAAAGGCUGAAAGACACCCUGAGGAAUAGCAUCAGGCGAGAGACAGCUGUCACAGGCUGAAAGACACCCUGCGGAAUAGCAUCAGGAAAGAGACAGCUGUCACAGGCUCAGAUACAGCUUGAGGAAUAGAAUCAGGAGAGAGACCGGUCACAGGCUGAGAAACACCCUUAGGAAUAGCAUCAGGAGAGAGACAGUGGUCACAGACUGAGAUACCCUGAGGAAUAGCAUCAGAAGAGAGACAGUGGUCACAGGCUGAGACACCCUGAGGAAUAGCAUCAGGAGAGAGACAGUGGUCACAGGCUGAGACACCCUGAGGAAUAGCAUCAGGAGAGACAGUGGUCACAGGCUGAGACACCCUGAGGAAUAGCAUCAGGAGAGACAGCGGUCACAGGCUGAGAGACACCCUGAGGAAUAGCAUCAGGAGAGAGACAGCGGUCACAGACUGAGAGACACCCUGAGGAAUAGCAUCAGGAGAGAGACAGCGGUCACAGGCUGAGAGACACCCUGAGGAAUAGCAUCAGGAGAGAGAUGGUGGUCACAGGCUGAGAGACACCCUGAGGAAUAACAUUAGGAGAGACAGCAGCCGCAGUCUGCGUGGUGGUUAUAUUCUACCUUAGAGAUCAUCUGAGGCACUACACACAGACUGCUUUAAAGAGUGUUCUGUGGAGAAGACCAUGAGACUGUCUGACUGAAUGGACCUGAGGCGGAGACAGACCACUAAUAGAUGGUGUUUUACCGGUGUCUUAUGUGGCAAUGUAAUACACCGAGAUACUUCACGUGGACCAUAAGUGAUGCUGCUGGGCACCAGGUGCGAAGUAAGGAGGAUGGCUGUUUAUACGCGGUGAAGCGGUCUGUUUCCCCAUUCCGUGGUGAAUCAGACCGCCACCGCAAGCUCCAAGAAGUAAGAAAACAUGAGCGUGUUGGAGAGCAUCCCAACUGCUUGCGGUUUGUGCGGGCCUGGGAGGAGAAACGGAUGCUGUACUUGCAGACAGAACUUUGUGUAGGGAGUCUGCAGCAGUAUUCAGAAGAUUUGGGGGAACCUCUUUCACCACGCCAGAUUUGGAAUGUAACUUGCGACCUUUUACGAGGGCUAAAGCAUCUCCAUGACCGCAAUCUACUCCACCUAGACAUCAAACCAGCCAACGUCUUCAUAUCGUAUUCCAGAAUCUACAAGCUGGGAGACUUUGGGCUGAUGGUAGAACUGGAUGGAGUGGAAGGAAGUACUGAUGCACAGGAAGGGGACCCCCGCUAUAUGGCUCCUGAGCUGCUGGACGGCAUAUUCACCAAAGCAGCAGAUGUGUUCAGCCUGGGGAUGACGCUGCUGGAGGUGUCUUGUAACAUGGAGCUUCCUAAGGGAGGGGAUGGUUGGCAGCAGCUCAGACAGGGCCAUUUACCGACUGAGUUCACCUCAGAAUUACCCCCAGAUUUCCUGAAAGUUCUCCGUGUGAUGCUGGAGCCGGAUUAUCGCUGCCGAGCCACGGUGGACUGGCUGCUGUCGCUCCCUGCUAUUCGCAGGGCUGAGAGGUGGAGAAAGGUGACCGUGACUGCAAGAAGGAUCCUUACUCUGACAUUUACAGCGUUCCAGCUGGUAAUGUGGCUGGUGGCUAUACUAUUCCGAGGCCUCAGGCAUCCGGUUACCUGGCUCCUGCACUGGAGAGGAGCAAGCCUGGCGUUGCGGUCCCCACCGUCUUCUCCUGCUCCAAGCCGAUUUGGUGAGAGCAGCAUAUCUAGUGACUGGGAGGACGAGAGCCUUGGAGAUGAUGUCUUUGAAGUACCACUUAGUCCUCUGGGCCUCCCCAGGAAUCUGACCUACCAUGGGCAGGAAUUUGCUCUCAGACAUUCUCCAGACCUGCUCUCACGCCCGUCUCUGGGCAGCACAUCAACCCCUCGCAAUAUGUCGCCCGAGUACAGCCUGAGAAAGAGGUCGGCGCUGCCUGUGACGCCAAAUAUAAGCCGUAUCAGCCAGGACUCUCCGCGCAGUGUGAAGUCGGCCACUCCUGACAACAGCGGCAGCUCCUCAGGCUUUGUGGAUGCUGACGCCCCGCGCUCAACGUUCCUCCCACGCAACCUUCUUGGCAUGUUCGAUGACGUGUGUGAGCAGUGAAAAGCGGGACCCGAUGGAUUAUAACAUUCCUUAACUUCCUGCCAUUUGUAGGAGAUGUCAUCACAUGCUAUAAUGGACAUAAAGUACCGGGAACUGGUUGGGCGUGAUCUGGUUCCUGGGAUAGUGCUGCCAUGUGUUUUGGGUUUGGGGUAAUUGGUGACUGACUUCUAUGUUUCUCAGGGCUUUACAAUGUGAAAGGCAAAGUGCAGCGCAUAAGAGGCUAAAUUGCGAAAAUGCAUUUGAAACGUUUUUGGUUCUAUUCAUUAAAGUGAAUUAUACAGACAUUUUAA